AUGUUCCCAAAGGCAGCUCUGCUUCUGGGGCUCGCUGUCGUGGGCAUUCACGUCCGGACCAUUCAAAAGGAAUUUGUAGACAUUAGUAAGGACCACGAUUAUUUUGCGGUGUCUGUGGAGUUCGCUGUGGCUUGGUUCAACAGGGCCCAUGAGGAGGAACACGCCUACAAGCUGCUGGAGGUCAGGCGAGCCCAGCAAAAGAAGUAUAGGUGGAUAUAUUUAAUGGACCUGGAGCUGGGCCGCACAAUUUGCAAAAAACACGACGAAGACAUUGACAACUGCCCCUUGCAAGAGGGCCCGGAACAGAAAAAGGUUUGA